CCUGUGCUCAUGUGAGAAAGUAGAGCCACACAUUUUGUAAUCUCUGUUUGUCAAUAGUGUGUUAAUAUGUUAAUCCUGUCCUCACAAGUCUGCACAAGAGUGGAAAGUCCUCUAUUACACCUCUGCUCUUAGAGGAGAGAGACACACCCUAGAGACAGGAUAUGGGCUCAGAUAGAGAGAAAGAGAGAAAGGGAGAGGACAGGGGACACAGAGAAGAGGACAGGAUAGCAGAGGACACACACAGAGAGAUAGUUAGAUAGUUAGAGAGUGAGUGACAGGGGGUGAGAGAGAGGAAAGAGGAGCAAAAAGAGAGAACAAGGGACAAGGACAAGAGGAGAGAGAGGGGAGAGCAGAGGACAUAAGGAGAAGAUAUAUGACUGUGAAGGGAGGAAAGUGGUCAAAAGACAACUCUACACAGAGAUAGAGAUAGCUAGAGAGGGGGGGAGAGAGUGAAGAGAGUGCAUGGAGAACAGGACAGAUAGGGAGAGAGAGAGGAGAUAGAGGACAGUGAAGGUGGACAAACGGCAGAGGACACAGACAGCAAAGGACGCUCGCACACAGAGAGAGACAGGACACAGGAAGAGAGAGAGCAAAGGACAUAGAGAAAGAGAGGAGAGAGAGGAGAGAGAGCAGAGGGCACACAGAGAGAGAUAAAGCGAGGAAAAGAGAACGAGACAGUAGAGGACACAGAGAGAAGAAAGAAAGCAGAGUACACACAGAUCUAGCAAACGAAGACACACAGAGAGAGAUAAAGAGCAAAGAAAACUGAGAGAAAGAAGAGACAGAGCAGAGGACACACACACACACAGAGAAGAGACAGAGCAGAGGACACACACACACACACACAGAGAGAGAGAGAGAGAGAGAGAGAGGGAGCAAAGGACACUGAGAGAGAGAAGAGACAAGAGCAGAGGACACAGAGAGAGAAAGAGAGAGACAGUAGAGGACAUAGAGAGGAGAAAGAAAGCAGAGGACACACAUCUAGCAAAAGAAGACACACACACAGAGAUAGAGAGCAAAGGACACUGAGAGAGAAAGAGAAAGAGAGCAGAAGACACAGUAGAAGACUGAGAACUUGUGGAAGAGCACAGAGGACAGUGGACUAUUCCAACUAAAAAUGGCUCCAAACUUCCAGGAGAACUGCCUGUGUACUCUGCUCAGAGCGGGGGUGUUUGUCGCAGGUUGCACCAUACUUGUGGUGGCUGCGUUCCCUGUGGUGCAAAUUGUGAUGGGUGUAGUGUACAUGGGUUCCUGUCCCCUGUCCCCUGUCCUGCCUGUACACCUGCUGGUCAGUGGAGUGGGGGCUCUCCUCAUCAUGAGCCUUCUGGCCCUUCCUCAUCUGCUGUGUCCAGAGCGCCACACCAACUCCCUCUGGACCCUGUGGAUGAUCAGCCUGGGCCUGCUCUACUUGGUCUGGUUCCUCUAUGGGAGCUAUCUCAUCUACUCAGUGUACCCACCGCAGUACACCGACAGCCCCAGUAUCCCCAGAAACUCCACAUCCAAUGCAGUGGUCAGCUCUGGUCCGGGACCCACACCCUCAGGGGCCUCUGUAGUGGUCAGCUCUGGUCCGGGGCCCACACCCUCAGGGGCCUCUGUAGUGGUCAGCUCUGGUCCGGGGCCCACACCCUCAGGGCCCUCUGUAGAGGUCAGCUCUGGUCAGAGGCCCACACAUUCAGGGCCCUCUGCAGUGGUCAGUUCUGGUCAGAGGCCUACACGUGCAGGGCUCUCUGCAGUAUUGCACUCGCAUCGCACAGGGUCCUCUGUUGGGGGGCCCUCAACAGCAGUAAAUUCAGGGCUCCACUGUCACCGCUCUAUGUACCUGUUUGCCUUCUGGAGCCAUACACUGGUGUACGUGUUUGCAGGCAAUGCUCUGGUCCUGCUGCUGUGUCUCUGCUGCUUCAUGAAGGUCUCUGAUCUGGUGGUCAAACAUCUCACCACCUGAAGACCAGACUGAGAAGACCAGACUGAGAUUAAAACUGUACCCAGGGUUUUAGUAUUAUCAUAUGGGCUCAC